UCAAAACCCACCAAAAUCAACUCACUCUCUGAAUUCUCCUCCCUUUCAUUCCAAACCACUCUCAAACCCUCUCUCUCUCUCUCUCUCUCUCUCGCUCUCUCAAAUCACUCUUUUUUCGGAACAAGAAGAAUGGCGCUUAACCUGAUGAUGAACGGGGGCACCGAGCUGGCCAAGGCGGCUAGCCUGACAAGCCGGGCCUACGUGACUUUCCUGGCGGGGAACGGGGACUACGUGAAGGGCGUGGUGGGGCUGGCCAAGGGCCUCAGGAAGGUCGGGACGGCCUAUCCGCUCGUCGUGGCCGUCCUGCCCGAUGUGCCGGAGGAGCACCGCCGCAUGCUGGUGGCGCAGGGGUGCGUGGUCCGGGAGAUAGAGCCCGUGUAUCCGCCCGAGAACCAGACCCAGUUCGCCAUGGCGUACUAUGUGAUCAAUUACUCCAAGCUCAGGAUCUGGGAGUUCGUGGAGUACCACAAGAUGAUCUACUUGGACGGAGACAUCCAGGUGUUCGAGAACAUCGACCACCUCUUCGACAUGCCGGACGGCUACUUCUACGCCGUGAAGGACUGCUUCUGCGAGAAGACCUGGUCCCACACCCCUCAGUACAAGAUCGGCUACUGCCAGCAGUGCCCCGGCAGGGUCCAGUGGCCUUCGGAGAUGGGACCCAAGCCCCCGCUGUACUUCAACGCCGGCAUGUUCGUGUACGAGCCCAGCCUCUCCAUCUAUGACGACCUCUUGAGGACCCUCAAGAUUACCCCUCCUACCCCUUUUGCUGAGCAGGAUUUUUUGAACAUGUUCUUUAGGGAUGUCUACAAGCCCAUCCCUCCAAUUUACAACCUCGUCUUGGCCAUGCUCUGGCGUCACCCGGAGAACGUCGAGCUUGAAAAAUUGAAAGUCGUUCACUACUGCGCUGCGGGAUCAAAACCUUGGAGGUACACCGGAAAGGAAGAGAACAUGGAUAGGGAAGACAUCAAGGUGCUGGUGAAGAAGUGGCGGGACAUAUACGACGACGAGUCGUUGGAUUUCAAGAGGACCGGUAGCUUGCCGCUACCACCUAUCGAAGAAACUGGCAAAUUCACGGCGGCUGGCAUUAAUCAUUUCUUUUCCGCCCCGUCCGCUGCCUAAGUUGACAUGAAGUUGGGUUUUCUAGUCAUUUAGAAAGUUUUUAUUAAACCUAAGUUUGGUUGUCGAUAGGCUGCUUUUCUUCUGUAGCUAAAAACUGGUGGGCCUUUGAUUUUGAAGUUGGCCAUAGACUCUGCCCAGUUCAAUUGGAGAGAUCAUAGAUUGCUUCUGGGGUUUGUUUGAUUUGUAUUUUGUUGGGUGUGGAAAUUGGAGAAUGGUAAAAUACUUGCAUAUUUGUAGUAAAAGUUUACUAAUGUCGUAUCCUCGUUUGACCA